UUUUGUCGUUUUGGAGCGUUGUGGGUUAAAGGAGUUGGGUUGUGAUGUUUUUUCUUCUUUUUUUCUUUUUUUCCUCCUUUGGUUUUUUUUUCUGGGGUUUGCCGGUGCACGGAAUUGUAUCUAUGGGGUUUUGGGGACAAGUCAUACAUGUUAAAAUGGGUUUCUUUUGUAUCUGGGUUGGGCGGCACUUUGUAUUUUUUUUUUGUUUUUGUGUUCUUGCAAGUCUUGGACGGCGACGGCGCGUUGCAUACCUACAUCUUUGUAUCCCUUUCUUCCCAUGUUCAUUUCUUCAUUUUUCUGCAUGUAUACCCUUGGAUGAUGAUGUACCAUUCCAGCUUCUUUUCCAGUUGCUGGGAGUUAGAUGGAGGAUUUUCCUUUCUUCUCUCUACACGGGCACCGGUGGCCUACUGGCGGGCACAUCGGCUUGAUUUGGUUAUGGGUUGGUGGAUUCGGUCCUGUCGAGCGGACAUUUGUAUGUUGCAUUGGGAUGGAAUUUUGGCAGGCAGGCAGGCAGCUCUCAGGCAAGGCCGCCAGGGUAGGAGGACGGUUGGGGGGGGGGGAUGGAUUGGAUGGAUGGAAUUGGGGAUCGGGAAAAGGGUUAGAGAGUAUCUACAGCACAGCUGGUCUUUAGCAGAUGAUGGGACGGCAGACCCGAAGAAUUGCAAAAAGCUGAUGCCGGGCAUGGGGCAUGGGGGGGCGGGAUUCAAUCAAUCAAUCAGUGUCAAGCAAUCGAAAUUCGCAUAUAUCUGGAAAUCUUGAUGGAAAAUGUUUGGAGACGAAUAAACGCUGGUUCCGCUCC